GUCCUCAGGGUCAGCUGGAGCUAAUGCUGGACAUCCUGGUUUUCCACUCAUCCCGCCAGGAUGGUAGCAAUGAGUGCUCCCAAAACAAUGGCAACUGUGCCCACCUUUGCCUGGCAACGCCUGCUGGUGCUCAGUGCCGCUGUGCCUCCCACUAUACCUUGAACCCUGACGGACGAAACUGUAGCUCUCCCUCUAGUUUCCUGCUCUUCAGUCAAAAGGCCAGUAUCAGCAGGAUGGUUUUAGGAGAGCAGAGUCCUGACAUCAUCCUGCCCAUCCAUGUCUUGAGGAACGUCCGAGCCGUCAGCUAUGACCCACUGGACCGCCUUGUCUACUGGUUGGACGGACGACAGAACAUAAGAAGGGCCAGAGACGACGGAGCGAUGGUAAAAUUUGCCCUGAUACACACACUGACAGUAUAAGAAACCUGUAUGGAGGCUAACAAGUAGCUGUGGAUGAAAAUAUGUUUUAACUUCAGCAUGUUUCUCCUUGAUUGAAAUUUCUUUCUCCAUUACACCCCUGAGACCCUGAAGCUUUGUCCUGGCUGUGU